GUCAGCAGUCAUCCCUGUGCUGUCAGCAGUCAUCCCUGUGCUGUCAGCAGUCAUCCCUGUGCUGUCAGCAGUCAUCCCUGUGCUGUCAGCAGUCAUCCCUGUGCUGUCGCAGUCAUCCCUGUGCUGUCCGCAGUCAUCCCUGUGCUGUCCGCAGUCAUCCCUGUGCUGUCCGCAGUCAUCCCUGUGCUGUCCGCAGUCAUCCCUGUGCUGUCCGCAGUCAUCCCUGUGCUGUCCGCAGUCAUCAUCCCCUGUGCUGUCCGCAGUCAUCCCUUCAUCCCUGUGCUGUCCGCAGUCUCUGGUCAUCCCUGCACUGUGUCCGCAGUCUCUGGUCAUCAUCCCUGCACUGUGUCCGCAGUCUCUGGUCAUCCCCUGCACUGUGUCCGCAGUCUCUGGUCAUCCCCUGCACUGUGUCCGCAGUCUCUGGUCAUCCCUGCACUGUGUCCGCAGUCUCUGGUCAUCCCCUGCACUGUGUCCGCAGUCUCUGGUCAUCCCCUGCACUGUGUCCGCAGUCUCUGGUCAUCCCCUGCACUGUGUCCGCAGUCUCUGGUCAUCCCCUGCACUGUGUCCGCAGUCUCUGGUCAUCCCCUGCACUGUGUCCGCAGUCUCUGGUCAUCCCCUGCACUGUGUCCGCAGUCUCUGGUCAUCCCCUGCACUGUGUCCGCAGUCUCUGGUCAUCCCCUGCACUGUGUCCGCAGUCUCUGGUCAUCCCCUGCACUGUGUCUGCAGUCCAUUAGUUCAGAAUUUUUUUUUUUCCUGUUUUCUGCCUCU